CACAAGAGGAGAGGUGAUUUGAGAGCGCGCACAGAAGAGAAAGUUUCGGCUAUCAGACAUGAACCAACGGCAGAAGAAAAGUAAAAUGUACCUCGGAUUUGGAGACUCGCCGGACCUUUUCAUCUUGAGGGGCCUGCCCGGAUCAAAAAAGAGUCAAUUAGCACGGGAAAUCAAUGCGCUAUAUGGUCAUACAGGAGUAAUAUUGAGCACGGAUGAUUUUUUCAUUAAGAACCGUAAAUAUAACUUUGACUACAGCCAGCUGGCAGAGGCACAUGCGUGGAAUCAGGACAGAGCGUGGGACGCCAUUGACGAUAACGAAAAUCCAAUUAUCAUCGAUAACACCAACAUGCGUUUCCGUGAUAUGAGGCGUUACGUUGAAAUGGGAUGUAAUGAGUACUACAUUACGUUUAAAACGACCCCAGACACCUUUUGGUGCAGUGUUGAAGAGUUACACAAGAGGGCCAAUUGUGGGAUCCCAAUAUCAGUAAUGUACAGGAUGAAGGAGAACUACAGGCGCGCUAAGAACAUUUACCAAGUACUAAAUGGCAGUGAUUAGAUGGCAAACAGAGGAUUCGUUGACAUUCUCCCAGCUUGUCCCCAGCAGAAUUGCUUUUUUGCUGUUUAACGCAAAAUGUUGAGGCUACAGCCAAAGCGAAUAGUGUUAAGAAAUGUGUACUGUGAUGAAAUAUUGGUUGCAGAAAAAGGUUGAUCCGGAUUCCAUGCAAUCCCAAUUUUUUGGGAUUGUGGAUGUAGGAGGUGAUGAAAUUGGCGGGUAUGUUCUAUGGGUGUGACGUCACAUUAGGUUUCAGCCUACUGUUGUCAGUGAAGGUGAAUGUUUAGGAAGGUUUACAGAGUUUCUCUUGGACUGCCCGAGAGAUGCUCUGGCUGUGUGCGCUUUGACGCUGUAAAUAAAUUGUGGCUCACAGGAA